AUAAAACAAAAAAAGAAGAAGCGGGUAAGAAGAAAAAUGGGCGGAAAUACUCUCUCGAUUGUUGAAUUCGACGAACUUCCAUCCCCGGCUCAUUUCUUCUCUCACGUUGAAUCUAAAAGCAUUCCUGCGGUAUUUCAUGGUUGCGUUAAACAUUGGAAAUGUUUUUCCAAAUGGAACCCUUGCAAAGGUGGUCUCGACUAUUUACAGGAAAGAGCAGGGUCUUCUAUUGUGGAGGCUAUGUUGUCGAGAACAGCACCUGUGUUUUACGGUGAUCUUAGAAGUCAUGAGCGGGUUCCGUUGCUGUUCUCUGUUUUUGUUUCAUCUUGUAAAAAGCUAAGAAGUUCUGAUAAUGGUUCUGGAGUGUCUGUUGAGCAAGAAGUUGUUGGAGUGACAGAGCCUACCUUAGAAGAAGAAACUUGUUUGCCUUCUACCAGUUCUCUUCAUCAAGUCUACUUAGCGCAGGUGCCAAUUGUGAAUUUGGAGAAUAAGGAGAAGUCUCAGUUGGAAAUUCUACGAGAAGACAUUCAAAUGCCAAAAAUUCUAAAGGCAAAAACAUUAACUUCUAUCAACUUGUGGAUGAACAAUGCAAAAUCAAGGUCUAGUACACACUAUGAUCCAGACCAUAACCUACUAUGUGUGGUUGCUGGAUGCAAACAAGUUGUUCUGUGGCCGCCUUCUGCCGUUUCAUCAUUAUAUCCAAUGCCUAUAUACAGUGAGGCCUCAAAUCACAGUUGUGUUGAUCUAGAAAAGCCAGACUUGUCAACUCAUUCAAGAGCGCAGAACUCUAUGAUGUACUCCCAAAAAGUUACUCUGCAAGCGGGUGACGCACUUUUCAUUCCUGAAGGCUGGUUGCACCAAGUGGAUAGUGACGAUGUUACAAUAGCUGUUAACUUCUGGUGGCGAUCUAGUAUUAUGACUAGUUUACCAGAACACAUGGAUGCAUAUUAUCUACGCACUAUCUUAAGAAGAUUGGUGAAGACGGAAAUGGAUCAAAUGUUAUAUCAAACUUCAAUUAGUAUUGAGAAUUCCGGACAUGAGGAUUCUUGCCAGGUAGACGACGGACAAGGUCAGCAUGAGCACAAUCUAGAAAAGAACUCUUACAGUGAGCAGACGCAAGGGACCAUAAAAAAUAAAAGGAUAACGAUACAGCAAAUGGACACAGUUUCCCUGCAAGCUUUUCAUCAACUUGUUUCUUUAGUUCAUGAUGGAGUGAACAUUGCUAGUCAAAGUGAACAACUGCAAUCAACACCAAUUGAAGAUGAAUGCAAGAAGGAUGUUCAUCCUAAUUCAUUUUGCUUGGAAGAUGAUCCAGUUGCUAAGGUGAUUUCGGCUCUGGAGCCACUUCAACUUCAAAAUGUCUUGCUUGGCAUGGUGCAUAAUUUUCCAAGAACGUUGGAGGCUCUAAUACUGCAAAUGCUUUCACCUGCGUCAGCAGAAGUACUGACGAGGAAGUUUGAUGAAAUAGAUCAAUUGACGAGUCAAGGAAACCGGGAUGAAUUCUACCAGGCUGUUUAUGGUGUUUUUGAUGAUCAAUUUGCUGCUAUGAAUGCUGUUCUGAAUGGCAAAGAGUCAUUUGCACGCCAGGCAUUCAAGAAUGUACUGGAUAAAUAUUUGGGAGUAAAUUUUGAUGGACAAAAAUUGUAAGUUGGCUGAAGCCGAAGAAAGAAAAAAUGGAUGGAGAAGAAAAAGCAGAAGAAAAUAAAAACAAACGUUUGGUGAUUUAUAUGGGCUGAUACCAACAUUAUUGGGGGCUGAUACCAUUUAGCCAAUUCAACGGUCAGGAUCGUUUAAGAUAUUUUUUCCUAUAUGAAAUGAUAUCAGCCCAUAUAAAUCGUGAUUAUUAGGUUGUAAAACCUUGGAAGAGAGAAGAAAAUAAGUGAAAGGAUUAAGAAUGAGGGAAGGGGGGAGUAUGGAUAAAUCGUGAUUAUUAGGUUGUAAAACCUUGGAAGAGAGAAGAAAAUAAGUGAAAGGAUUAAGAAUGAGGGAGGGGGGAGUAUGGAUAUUAUUUUUUUUGGAAGGUGAGAUUCCAUGUCAUCGUGAAACAACUUUGGUAAGUAUUUCUUUUUUGUGAGAAGCCUUUGGUCUGGUUGUGAAAAGAGAUAUAAAGAUGGGCAGUCUUUUUUAACCUGACAUUUUUAGAGGCGAGCUGAAAAGAAUUGGGGGCGACUUUUUUAUUUCCAUCCAAUGAAGAUGACUGUGGGGCGUCUUAAAAAUAGAAAUUGUCUAUAUUGUCCUUCAUCUUUGUACUAAACUUAUAUUUUAUUUUUGUAACCAUAACAUUCCUCUUUUCCUUCAUUAUUCUACUGAAUGAAAAUAAAUUUUAUCA